AUGAAUCCAAAGGAGUGGAGCCCCAUUGAACUCCAGGUCCCUGGUCUGGGCAAUCUCUCUGGCUUGUGCUUUGAUGGCAAAGUGUGCCAGUACAUGGGUGUCCCUUAUGCGACCAUCCCCGGACGUUUUCGGCGCUCACAGCCGAUAGAAGGCCCUUGGCCUGAGAAGAGAUGGGACGGCACCAAGCUAGGACCUUUUCCUUGUCAGCCACCUCGAGAUUUCUACCCUAUCCCAAGCCCUGAGAGGCCUUGGGUCGACAACCCCAGCACCAGCUCGACAGACUGCCUGAGUCUUAAUAUUUCCGUCCCCAACAAGCCCUUGGCUUUUGCGAGUCAACCUCUGUAUCCUGUCAUGGUCUUUAUGCACGGCGGUGCAUUCGUGUAUGCCGCUGGUGGAGCAGCGAUCUAUGAUGGUCGCGCCUUGGCCGACAUAUCCAGCCAAAUCAACAAACCGACCAUCAUCAUCUCUGUCAACUUUCGUCUUGGAGUCUUUGGCUUCUUGGCCAGUAAGGAGAUUCGCGAGUAUAACCUCGAAUUCGGGGAGGAAGGCGUUGGAAAUUAUGGACUUUGGGACCAAGUGCAAGCUCUUCGUUGGGUUCAACGGCACAUUGCUGCCUUUGGCGGGGAUCCAAACCGAGUUACGCUGUUCGGCCAGAGUGCCGGGGGCGUCUCUGCUAAUGUCCAUCUGCUUCGAGAUGAACCCUUAUUCUCGUCCACCAUAAUCCAGUCGGGACUCCUCCCUUUGUGCGGAGUCCUUUCUGUGGAGGAAUACCAAGGCAUAUACGAAAAACUCCUGUCUGCUCUUGAGAUUCCAAUGGAUCUGCCGGCACGGGAACGUCUUCAGCGCCUUAUUGACGUCGAUGAGGACAAACUGACCGCUGCUAUGGUGCCGGUAUGCGUGAUACCAGUCAUCACCUUCAGCCCUUGCGACGAUGGAUAUCUUAUUGGACAGUCGAUGCCAAAGUACAGCGACUACGCAAACUUUAAGCCACCAUCAUGGUGCACUAGGAUCAUGAUUGGCGACGUUGCCAAUGAGUGUGUCAUUUGGAACAAGAGCUUUCGGUCUAUGGAUGCACCGACCUUGGUUGACAGGAUCAAAUCCUUCCUCGGCUCGGAAUCCAAAGCUGAGAAGCUCAUAUCACUCUAUAACAUCAACCCGGCUGAUGAUCGCGAUGACAGCUUUUGGAAAGUUGAAAAGUUUACGACCGACGGUCUAUACACGGCUGUGAACUGGACCCUCAUCCGCUCGUUCUCAGCUGUUUACGCCUACCAUUUUGAUGUGCCGUCUCCUUUCGACAAUGACUGGUCUGGACUGGCACACCACUCCCUGGACAAUGUAUAUGUCUGGUCAUUGCUCCGAGAGCACCUUCCACCUUCACAUCGCGAAAUCUCGGCCAAUAUGUCAAGUAUGUGGCUGAAGUUUGCAAACGGACAGGAGCCUUGGGAGAGAUUCGACAGGAAUGGCCGGUUCAUGAUCUUCCAGGAGGAUCAAUGUGUGUUGAAGACGGCGGGGCAAGAUGCGGCCCGUGGCUAUCGCAUAUGGGAGGAGAUUGAGCGAGAGGGCCUGUUGGAUGACUUCCACAAGGUCUCGGAGGAGCUAUGCAUGAGGUGGGAGGAGAUCACAGAUAGCAAGCGAGAACCCAAGGCAAUGGUUGUUGGGGAAUUUGAUGAAUAUGGUAUCAAGAGGAAGAGUAAGGCGGCCUGGAAUUAG